GAGUGAGAGAGAGAGUCACAGAGAGACAGAGUGAAGAGGCAGUCUGUUGGAUUCUGUUCUGAGGUUCUGCUCAGAGGUUUGGAUCAUGGUGGAACCAACAUCGAAACCAGCUGCUGUUCUACUGCUGUUUCUGCUGCACAGCUGCCUGGCAGACCAUGUUUUCCUCAACAGCCAGCUGGCCUCACAGGUCUUGGUCCGAAAUCGACGGGCCAAUCAGAUGUUUGAGGAGAUUAAACCAGGGAACCUGGAGAGAGAGUGUGUGGAGGAGAUCUGUGACCAUGAGGAGGCCCGAGAGGUGUUCGAGCGGACAGACAAAACAGAACAGUUCUGGGUGAAAUAUCUGGACUGUGACGGAACUAAAAAGACAAGAACCCAGCAGAACAUCGACCUCAUCAGACAGUGUAUAGGAGGUCAGUGUAUUUAUGGUAAGGGAGUGAGUUAUGAAGGUAGUAUCAACAUCACAGUAUCCGGCAAAGCGUGUCAGCGCUGGGGGGGCAGCUACCCACAUCCCAUUAUUAGGGAGUUCAAUGCGUCCGAGCCAGACAGCAUCCUGAAGGAGAACUUCUGCAGGAACCCCGACGGCAGUGCAGAAGGACCCUGGUGUUUCACUCAGGACCCGACAGUCCCGAAAGAGAAAUGUGUUGUUCCCAGAUGUGGUGAGGACUUUGUCGACCCCACUUUGGCCCCUGAACCAGUCCGCACUGGUGAGUGUUUACCUAAUUAUGGCAUCGACUACACUGGCGACCUGGCUGUUACCAUGGGAGGCCACACCUGUCUGAAGUGGGCAUCACCAGAGGCUUUGGCCCUCAGCAAGGACAAGGAGUUCAUCCCCGAAGUCACUCUGCCGGGGAACAAGUGCCGUAACCCUGACAACGACCCCGAGGGCCCGUGGUGCUACGUGAACAUUUAUGGAAAUGUGACACUCGACUACUGUGACCUGGAUCUGUGUGAGGAACAGCUGGUGGAAGACACGCUGGUAACAGAGACAGAAGGCAGGGAGCGCUCCGUCCUCGGACCCGCCAAGAAACUAUUUUUCAAUCCUCGCACCUUUGGACAAGGAGAGAGUGCGUGUGGCGUUCGCCCCCUCUUUGAGAGUAAAGGCAAAGUGGACAAAAAGGAGAACGAGCUGUUGGAGUCGUACAGAGAACAACGCAUCGUUGGUGGCCUCGACGCCGAUGUGGCCUCAGCUCCAUGGCAGGUGAUGCUGUAUAAGCGCAGCCCUCAGGAGCUGCUGUGUGGAGCCAGCCUCAUCAGUGACCAGUGGAUCCUCACUGCAGCUCAUUGCAUCCUCUACCCGCCCUGGAACAAGAACUUCACCAUCAACGACAUCCUGGUCCGCCUGGGGAAACACAAUAGGGCCAAGUUUGAACGUGGUGUGGAGAAGAUCGUGGCCAUUGAUGAAAUCAUCGUCCAUCCUAAAUACAACUGGAGGGAAAACCUGAACCGUGACAUCGCUCUGCUGCACAUGAGACGGCCGGUCACGUUCAGCGAUGAGAUUCACCCGGUCUGCCUGCCCAGCAAGAAGGUCGCCAAAACGCUGAUGACUGAAGGAUAUAAGGGUCGGGUUACGGGCUGGGGGAACCUGAAGGAGACGUGGAACCCGUCAGCGAGGAACCUCCCGACGGUGCUGCAGCAGAUCCACCUCCCCAUCGUAGACCAGGACACCUGCAGGAGCUCCACGGCCGUCAAGAUCACAGACAACAUGUUCUGUGCUGGUUACAGACCGGAGGAAUCCCAGCGUGGCGACGCCUGUGAGGGAGACAGCGGAGGACCGUUCGUGAUGAAGUACCCGGCAGAGAACCGCUGGUAUCAGAUGGGCAUCGUGUCGUGGGGCGAAGGCUGCGACCGCGACGGGAAGUACGGCUUCUACACCCACCUGUUCAGGAUGAGCAGGUGGAUGAAAAAAGUUAUCGAAAGAUCCGGAGCAGACGACGACUAGACGCCGGACGGACAGACGGACACGCUUCGUUUCCUUUUCCUUCCCUCAGAGCGACAUCAUGCUAAUAAAGUUUGUUAACAUCUGUUCAUGAAUCCA